AUGAAAAAUGGAAGCCAAUGCCACCACUACAAACAACCACCGUUGAUCCGCCCUGAACUAAACUUUUGCAUAAUUCCCUUGCACCGCCUUUUGCCCCCACCUAUGCAGAUUGUGAAGCACCUGGAUGAAUACGUGAUUGGACAGGAAAAAGCGAAAAAGAUUCUAGCCGUUGCCGUCUACAACCACUACUCGCGCGUCAACGAAAACCUGCGCCAGCAGCAGAUGCAAGAUGCCAUCGUAGCCUCAGCACUCAAUGCUUCGAAUAACAACAACACCAGUACAUCGAAUGUGUCAUCGUCAGCUACUUCACUACCAACUCCGACAACGACCGCUACUGCUCACGGACCCAUGCUGUACGGCUCUACGGCUCACCUCCUAAUCGACCCUCCGGCCACACCUAACCCAAUCCCGGAUCAGCUGGCAUCUCAAACAGUCACCAAUCGCACAGGUGACACAGAGUACCCAUUGCGACAGCCUUGGAAACCCUCAGGAAACAACAACGAAACAUCGUCGCCCUCUAUGUUCUCGCAGACAUUCGACACCUACAGCAGAGCCCCUCCACCACCACCUACGACUAACACAGCGGAUGGGUUCAAGGCACAGACGACUAUCUUUGACAAGAGUAAUGUCCUCUUGCUGGGACCUACUGGAUCUGGAAAGACUCUUCUGGCAAGGACACUCGCUAAAGUGCUCAACGUGCCCUUCUCCAUGUCCGAUGCUACACCGUUCACGCAGGCGGGAUACGUGGGCGAGGAUGUCGAGAUGGUGAUCCACCGACUUUUACAGAACUGCGAGUACAAUAUCAAGAAAGCAGAAUGCGGGAUUGUAUUUAUUGACGAAAUUGACAAGAUCUCCAAGCGACCUGAUACCAUGUCGAUCUCCAAGGACGUCUCUGGCGAAGGUGUCCAACAAGCCCUUCUCCGAAUGCUUGAAGGUACAGUUGUCAAUGUGACAGAAAAGAACGGGUCCAGCUGGAAUGGGUCCGGUUUCAGUGGUCGCAAAGGAGGGCUGCCGGGUAUUGGUGGUGGGCAUGGGCCGGGAGCCAAAGGCGAGGUGUAUUCCGUGGAUACCAGUAAUAUCUUGUUUAUUCUGAGUGGCGCCUUUAUUGGAUUGGAAAAGAUUGUCAUGGACAGAGUGUCAAAGGGAUCAAUUGGCUUCGAAUCUGCGGUGCGAGCACCGUCUUCGGAGCUGGAGAGCUCUAAGGACCAUGCUGCACAAGUCAGUCGACUCCUUGACCAAGUCGACCCCACAGAUCUAGUCAAGUUUGGAUUGAUCCCAGAGUUCAUCGGACGCCUACCUGUAGUAGCAUCGGUCAACCAGCUGGACGAAGCAGCACUGGUUAGGAUCUUGACAGAGCCCCGCAACUCGCUCGUAAAGCAAUACCAAGGUCUCUUUGGAUUAGGUGAUGUCAAGAUCCACUUUUCCAAGGCAGCCCUCUACGGUAUUGCUCGUCGGGCGAUCGAAAAGCAGACCGGCGCCCGUGGACUCCGUCGCAUCAUGGAAUCAAUAUUGCUGGAUGUGAUGUACGAUGCACCAGGAUCGGUCAUCAAGCAUAUUGUGAUUAACCAGGAUGUGGUCGAUGGCAAGAAGGAGGCUCUUUGUUUCUCGAGGGGUGCUGAGGAGGCUGUCUCUGCUGCCCUCGAUGCCGACGAUAACCCUUCUUCCCUUCGUCUUGACCAGGCAGCGGCCUCGAGUGGAGAGACGUAA